AUGCCCGCUCCCGGUCACGACGACCCUGCCUCCGUGCCGUUGGAUGGCUUACACACCCUCAACUUGCCCCUAGAACAGCAAACACUCCCACACACGAGCGCAGAUUCCAGGCCCAACAGCCCUACCAGGAACUCUGCCUCGGCGUGCUCCAGCCGCUCCUCUCUCUCACGGAGGAGAUCCGUCUCGAGCAUGAAGGGCCUCAUGCCACUUACACUGUCGGCCUCAGCAGCAAGCUACACGAGUCCGAUUCUCCACGAGGAAAACUUGAGGCAGAGAGUAGACGACUACCUGCCUGAGCUGCUUGCGCAAGAUUUAGAGCUCGCCAGCGAUCUCUUCGCCGCCAAAAGUAUGAGUGCGGGCGCCCCGACAUACUCAGUCGUCGCCGAGUACAUGGCGCGAGCCAAGGCCACUGGGCAGUUUACCAAUCGACUGAGCAUGGCCCUUCCAUACCAGCCAGCGUCAGCUCGAGUCCAGGUUCUCGGUGCUAUUGAAGAGCGGGACUCGAUUGCUUCCCUUCUCGAGCAGCAGCAGCAGGAGCAGCAAUACCACCAUCACGACGGCUAUCUGGACGGAUCCGAGCUGGAUGACUUGUCCAGCGAGGACGGCUCAUUCGGGAUGCCUCCUCCACCAAUCCGCUACCGCCGAAAUCUGUCUAUUAUCACAACCGCGACGUCCUUUACGGAUUCAGUAAAGAAGCAAUCCCCCCAACAUUCGCCCCUGCAUAUGGAACCCGUCUGCGGCAGCUGGAUCGACGGCGACUCUGACUCUGACUCUAAUUCCAACUAUGAUUUUGAGGAUGAAGAAGAUUCAUAUGCUGGACCAGAAUCGCCCCCAACUCUACUACCAAGAUUAUACGUCCCUCAAGAACCACUGUCACCUCUUUUUCCCAGAUCCCCCACAACGCCGCACACUGAUCUUGACCCGUUGGAAUACGAACCAUCCGCCACCCAGGAAUGCAGCCGAAUUCUGCACAAAAAAUCCCAUUCGGUCUCUGAUGUUCCAACUGCUACGUCACUGAUGCCCAAGAAGGGCACGGCAUCGAAGCAGGCUGCUGCAGCCGCCCCCGACACUACACCGUCUAAUCGCGCAAGCAUCAUUGCACAAGAGUUUCAGCGAGCUACGUCGCCCGACUUUUCGGCCGCCGAGCAACGGACGCCGGUGUCACACGUCCUUGCCUCGACACCGCCACCCGUGCCACAAAAACAUCACCAAAGACUCUCGAUGCUGAGUGCGGAGAGUUUGGGAAAACAAAAACAGACGCUCGCCGCCGCCGCCGUAGCCGCCACCGCUCGUCAACAGCCGGCACCCAUCCCGGAAUCACCACCCAUGACUGAAGUGGACACCUCUUCUGAGGCCGGGAUUGAAGAGGGCAGCGCUUACGGCGACCAGGCGAGAUCCUGGCAACCCCUGGAAACGGACUACUCCAGAACGACGCCGCCCUCCUCGCCGCCUCGCCACUUUGUCACCUUGGCCAAUGCGGCGACGCCCUACGUCCCGAACUUUGGCGGCGACGAGCUCGCGAGAGUGGUGCCGCUACCGCCGGAUGUGAUUGAGACGCUUCGGGUCUCAGUUGCAUGUUUCCCCGAGACAAUCCUGCUCUCGUCCAGCCUGACGAUUGAGACGAUUCGAUCGUACUCGAAGAAGAUGAGACACCCUGAGACAGACGUGCUGAGACUCGCAUCGACCCUAGUACCGGACGACGAGGGCACUGGCAAGAGGUCACUCUGGUCAAAGGUGAACCCACUCAAGAAGUCAUCGUCGUCCAGCCUACGGCACAGCGCCAUGCGCUCCAUCAACGGGAGCCGCUCGGGCAGCAUCAGCGGCGUCAUAGGCGGGGUGGGUGGUGGAAGCGCGGACUCGCAAAAAGCAUGGAGCGCGAUCCAAAACGUCUUUGGCUCAUGCUCUGAGUACAUCUGCGACGCGCUCUUUGCCCACAUCAUGGCCUACAAUUACAUCUCGGCGCUUCUCGCCCGCAGCGCCGCGUCCGCCCCUGCCGCCACCACCGCGAAUCUCCUGGGCCGCCACACGAGCUGCCGCAGUCGGCCAUCCACCGACCAGAAGCGUGGGGACGACAUUCCCCGAAAGGCCGCCUCCCUUCUCGGGCUAGGCGACGUCGACUCUGCGGGGAGCAGCAGCAGUCGCUUCGCUCGGCGCACCAGCACCAUGGCUAGCUCCAUUGCGUCGCGACCGUUAUCCACGGACGGGCUGCUCGCUGGCCAACCGAUCUCGACCGCGGCCGGCAGCGGCGAUACGCCGGUGCGUACAGUCCACGCGGGAUUGUACAGGUGCAUUGUACGACUUAUUGCCACGGCCCGUCUCACCUCUGUGAGCGGGCGGCUGGACCAGCCCAUCGUCGACGAGGAAGCCACCGAGGUCGAUCCCUUGUUUAUGAGGAGCCUUUGCGAGGUUGUGCGGCUUGUGGAGGAGACGUCGUAA